GCAGCGCGGCGAGGAGCGGCGGGACCCGGGGCUGGGACUCGCCCCACCGGGGAAGGCGGCUGCCGAGGCGCGGGGCGGGGGGGGGGUCUCCGAGCGGCUCCCGAGCCCAGCGGCCCCCGACGGGGCGUCGAUCCCUCGGCCGGGGCGGCUCCGUCUCUGCCCCGUUCGCAGCCGGGACGGGGCGCCCGGGGCCCGGACGCGCGGUCCCUUCGGAGGGAGCGAUCCGGCCGCUUGGGAGUGGGGCGCGGGGGAGCCCCUGAGCACGAUGUCCAUGCCUGGUGCCAGCUGCAGACCCUGCUGAGAAGAUGUUCACCUGCCACCCGCCCAAUGUCUCCCUGCUGGGGGGGCCCAGCAGUGCCGGGGCACCCCUCCCCAUGCCUGUCAGUGGCUUGCUGCCGGGGAACUCCUCGGAGUGCCGAGUGGAGCCACUGAAGCAGCCCCUGCCCUCGCCGGCCAUGCCCAUCUUCUCCAUGACGCUGGGCGCUGUCUCCAACAUGGUGGCCCUGGCCAUCCUGGUGCAGUCCUACGCCCGCUUCCGGCGCCGCUCCAAGGCCACCUUCCUGCUCUUCGCCAGCAGCCUGGUCAUCACGGACUUCGCCGGGCACGUCAUCCCGGGCGCCUUCGUGCUGCGGCUCUACGCCACCCGGCAGAAAUGGGACGCCAUGGACAACACCGGUGCCAUGUGCCAGUUCUUUGGCGCCUGCAUGGUCUUCUUCGGCCUGUGCCCGCUCUUCCUGGGCUGCGUCAUGGCGGUGGAGCGCUGCGUGGGGGUGACGCGCCCGCUGCUCCACGCCUCGCUGGUCACCUCUGUCCGGACCAAACUCACGCUGCUGGGGCUCUGGGCCUCCGCCCUGGGCAUUGCCCUGCUGCCCAUCUUCAGCUUCGGCAGCUACACCAUCCAGCACUCGUGCACCUGGUGCUUCAUCAAGGUGCAGCCGGCGGAGAGCUGGUGCGAGGUGACCUUUGCUUUGCUCUUCUCCCUGCUGGGCCUGGCCUCCCUGCUGGUCGCCCUGGUCUGCAACACCCUGAGCGGGCUCAGCCUGGUGCGGGCGCGGCUGCGGGCCGAGCGCAAAUGUGGGCAGCGGCGCGCCAAGGCCCAUGACAUCGAGAUGGUGGUGCAGCUGGUGGGCAUCAUGGUCGUUUCCUGCAUCUGCUGGAGCCCUAUCCUGAUCUUCGUGGCGCUGGCGGUGGGCGACAAGGCCGGCGCGCUGCACUACCAGCGCCUGCUGUUCCUGGGCGUGCGCCUGGCCUCCUGGAACCAGAUCCUGGACCCCUGGGUGUACAUCCUGCUGCGCCGGGCCGUGCUGCGCAAGCUGUACCGGGUGCUGUGCCGCCAGCCCCCGGGCAAGGGCAGCCGCUUCGAGCGCUGGGAGGUCAGCUCCUUCCAGAGCUCCGACCGCAGCAUGGUUGGCCGCUCGUAGGGGCCCGGCCGGACAAGACAUGGCGGCUGCCCCCAGCCCCCGUGCCCCUGGCAGGGCCUUGGCACCAGCGCCUGCUGGAGACACACUCGGGGGGAUGUUGGAUGCCACCAGGUCGGACGAUGGCGCCGCACCCGCCUGCAGAUGUGGCAGGAGCUGAGCCAGAUGCAAAUGGAAUCAGGGGGGUGGGGGGAUGUCCUAAUCCUGCUUCCCUGCCUGCAGCAAUGGCGCUGCCGGGGCCGACCCUGCUGCUGGCUCAAAGCAGGAGGCACCCUGGAAAUGGGGUGUGUGGGCAUGGCGGGGGCACAAUGCCAUGGUGAAAUGCAGGAGUGGUGGUGCAGGGUGGCUUGUGCUAAGAGGGCCUUGCCUGAGAGGUAGCUGGGUCUAGUGGUUAUGCCCUCAGCCUGCGCAUCAGGACACUGCGGUUCUGAGCAAACCGUGGCUUUAGGGGAGCUCAGGGCCUGGAUCUCUCUGGGGAAGCAGCAUAUUGAACCAAGCUUAACAUUUGGGGAAACUGAGGCACAAUGAAAGGCGGCGAUGGCACCAGUCUCGCAGGGCCCACCUGCUGCCUUGGCUGAAUCCAUUCUGCCUCCCUCAGCCCCCUGGAGGGGAUUCGCCUUCACUUCCCGGCCUGGCGUGGGCAGUAUUGGGAUGCAGCUGUUAGAAAGCUGCUGUGCCCCACCCCAGAGGUGACUGCAUCCCAGUGCUGGGCAAGGGUUUCCCGUAUGAAGAGCCCCCCCCCCCCCACCCAGAGUGGCUGCGGCUUCAUGGAGCUGUGCAUAGUGCUCUCAACCCAGGGGACAGCUUCCCCCUUGCAGGCCACCCUCCCUGUUCACGGGCCCCAGCUGAGCCCCCUGCCCCCAGGCUGAGCUGGAGUGGCAAGUAUUUGAGGGGGGGCAGGUUGGGAAUAAGCCCCCACUGGAUGUGGGGGUGGAGGUAAAGGUACCUGGGAGGGGCUCUGCUCCCUUCCCCAAGGGGCUGGUGCCAUUCCCAGGAUGGUCGGGGAGAUGCCCCUCACCCCCAUUCUGCCACCAGCCCCCCAGCUCCACUCCACUCCCCUAGGCCUUGCAUGGGGCCAGCCAACAUCUGCAGAGCUCCAGGACAUGGAGGGGGGCUGGAGAGGGGUCAGACGUGAGCCCCCAAUGGCCACAGGGAAAGCCGGGGUGGGGGGAUGCUGGCCCCAAGCUGGGUGUUCAUUUCCCAGCAUGCCACGGGGCCGCGCUAG